AAUUCAUAUGGGCGUUAAGGCCAUUUUCCUGUCCACCUGGAAUUGACUCGGUCUGGAGAUUUGUAACCUUGUUUCCGACCUAAUACUUUAUUCCGGGAGCCCCGUAUUGUCUGGACGCCUACACGCACCUGUGAACGUUUGUCAAGCAGACCGUGCCGCGAUUGAUCGGAACAAUACAUUCGAAUCACCCAAAAUUCUCACUGGAGUGUCAUUUCUUAUAGUGUCCGACCCCGAAAUGGCUGUAUCUUUCCGUGAGGCCCUUGCCCGCUUGGACGAUCGUCGUGUAAAGGCGACCAGACCUCUUAUACCUCCCCAGAUCUUACAAGAGGACCUGCCUCUCACACUCGCGGCUGCUCAGACUGUUAUCGAGGGUCGUCGAGCAACAGAAAACAUUCUUCAUUCAAACGACGACCGCUUGAUCGUCGUUGUAGGACCUUGUUCAGUGCACAAUGUCGAGUCAGCUUUGGAAUAUGCUCAGAAACUCCAUGCCUAUGCGGAACAAGCCAAGGAUGAUCUUCAUAUCAUCAUGCGAGUGUACUUCGAGAAGCCACGUACAACAGUCGGCUGGAAAGGGUUGAUCAAUGAUCCUAGCAUGAACGGGAGUUUCCAAAUCAACAAGGGUCUUCGACUUGCACGUACCCUCCUGCUUGACAUCGCCAAGAUGGGUCUUCCCGCCGGAUGCGAGUUCUUGGAUACCAUUACGCCGCAGUACACAGCCGACCUUGUCUCUUGGGGUGCCAUCGGAGCGAGGACCACGGAGUCACAGGUUCACCGAGAACUUACGUCUGCCCUCUCCAUGCCUACCGGUUUCAAGAAUUCGACAGACGGGACCGUUGGUAUUGCAAUUGAUGCCUGCCGUGCGGCAAGUCGACCUCAUGUUUUCCUCAGUGUAGGUAAAGGCGGACUUAGUAGUAUCGUCGAGACUGAGGGUAAUCCCGACGUUCACGUUAUUUUGCGUGGUGGCUCCAGUGGACCGAAUUAUGCCGCGGAAAAUGUUCGUGACUGUGGCGAGAAGCUGAAGAAAGCAGGAUUCCCAGCCAAAAUCAUGAUUGAUUGCAGCCAUGGAAACAGCUCAAAACAACAUAGAAAACAAAUAGAAGUUGCUGAAGACAUUGCCCGUCAACUAGAAUCUGGCGAUACCUCAGACAUGAUCAUGGGUGUCAUGAUUGAGUCCAACAUUGUUGAAGGUCGUCAGGAUAUUCCUACAUCCGGACCUGCUGGUUUGAUCUACGGACAGUCGGUGACUGAUGCGUGCAUUUCUUGGGAGCAGACCGUACCUGUUCUCGACCGUCUCCGAGAGGGAGUGCGUGGCCGUAGGGAGAAUGUCUACAGGAAGUCUCGUGGCUUGAACACUCCCGCGCCAAGUCCAAAAGCUAACGGCGUGAAUGGGGUUAACGCCGCGCACUAAUUGUAAAAGUAUUGAAUUAGGACGACUCAAUGUACCGCUUAAUCCAUUGUCGAUGUAUUUUGGAUGUUCUAGUAGUUAGUAGAUGCUCUGCCCUGUAUUGUUAUUCACCAUAUUUGUGUUUCUAACACUUGCUAUCAAGAUGUUCAGCCACAGCUCGCGAU